UUUUGACAAGAGUCAAUGUCAAAUGUCAAAACAUACCAGCUUGAAAAAAAAAUGAAAAUGAGGUUAUGUUGCUGUUGUUUGUAAACUUGAAACGUUUGCCAAUAUUUAAGAACUUUUUCUAUAUUUUAAGCUCAAAUAAACUAUAUUAAAAUGGUCAGAAGUUACAGUACCGAAAGGAGAUCUCGUCGCUCCCGCUCCAGAAGCAAAGAGAGACCCAGCAAAAGCAGCAGGAGAAGAAGCCGUUCCAAAGAAAGAGAAAGAAGAAGGAGCAGAUCUAGAGAUAAAGCUAGAGAAAGGUCUACAAGAGACAACAGAGACAGGAGUAGGUCUAGGGAUAGAUAUAGACGAGACCGAGAUAGGAGCAGUAGGGAAAGAGACAGGGACCGUAGAGAUAGAAGUCGCGACAGAAAGAAAACCAAAAAAAGAUCCAGAUCUCGUUCGAAUGAAAAGAAAAACGAAACCGCAUUGACUUAUGAUCCAGUCAAUUUGGAUAAGGAGGAAGAGCAAAAAAGAUUGGAGCUUGAAAUGCAAAAGCGAAGGGAAAGAAUUGAAAGGUGGCGAGCGGAAAGAAAGAAAAAAGAACAGGAUGCCAUUAAAAAAGAAGAAAAGUCUAGUAGUAGUGGAACACAGGAAAAUUAUAAAAAAUGGUCUUUAGAAGAUGAAUCAGAGGAUGAAGAUAAAGAUGACGAUAAAAGUGAAGUGAAAAAAGAGCAAGAUUCAGAAGAUAUAAAAGAAACUAAAAUGGAAAUAGAAGAAGUACCAAAAGAAACUCAAAAAAAUAAAGAAGUUGACGAAGACGAUGAUGAUGAUAAUGAUAAAGAAGUUGAUCCUUUGGAUGCUUAUAUGCAAGGGGUACAAGAAGAAGUUAGAAAAAUCAAUAAGAUAAACAUUAAAAAAUCCGACAAAAAUGACCCAAAUAAAAAAGGCUCCUUAGUAAUUGUCACAGGAGUUGCCAAAAAGAAAGCCAACACUGACAAAGGUGAACUAGUCGAACAAAAUCAAGACGGAUUAGAGUAUUCCUCAGAAGAAGAAGCUGAAGACCUAAAAGACACGGCUGCAAAUAUAGCUAACAAACAAAAAAAAGAUUUAGCAAGAAUAGACCAUAAUAACAUCACUUAUCUUACAUUUAGGAAAAACUUCUAUGUCGAAGUACCAGAAAUAGCUAAAAUGACUCAAGAAGAUGUUGACGCUUACAAAGAAGAGCUAGAAGGCAUUAGAGUUAAAGGCAAAGGUUGCCCAAAACCAAUAAAAACGUGGGCCCAAUGUGGAGUUUCUACUAAAGAACUCAACGUUCUAAAGAAAAUGGGUUUCGACAAACCUACCCCAAUUCAAUGCCAAGCCAUACCUGCUAUCAUGUCCGGAAGGGACCUCAUCGGAAUAGCAAAAACAGGCAGUGGCAAAACCCUAGCAUUCCUAUUGCCAAUGUUCAGACACAUCUUGGACCAGCCCCCUCUAGAAGAAACAGACGGCCCCGUAGCCAUUAUUAUGACUCCCACAAGGGAAUUGUGCAUGCAAAUUGGCAAAGACAUCAAAAAGUUUACAAAAAGCUUAAACAUGUACGCUGUAUGCGUAUAUGGAGGCACUGGAAUAUCCGAACAAAUAGCUGAGCUUAAAAGGGGGGCCGAAAUAAUUGUUUGCACACCGGGACGUAUGAUUGACAUGUUGGCAGCCAACAGUGGCAAAGUUACAAACUUGAGAAGAGUUACUUAUAUUGUUUUGGAUGAGGCGGAUAGGAUGUUUGAUAUGGGAUUUGAACCACAGGUAAUGAGAAUAAUAGAUAAUGUAAGACCAGAUCGACAAACUGUUAUGUUUAGUGCCACCUUUCCUCGUCAAAUGGAAGCUUUGGCUAGGAGAAUUUUAGUGCGGCCUAUCGAGGUUCAAGUAGGUGGUAGAUCGGUGGUUUGUCCAGAGGUGGAACAAAACGUAGUUAUCUUGGAAGAAGAUCAGAAGUUUUUGAAACUGUUAGAAUUGCUGGGUAUAUACCAAGAACAAGGCAGUAUUAUUGUGUUUGUGGACAAGCAAGAAAACGCGGAUAUUUUAUUGAAGGACCUCAUGAAAGCUGCUUAUAAUUGUAUGAGUUUGCAUGGAGGAAUUGACCAGUUUGAUAGGGAUUCAACUAUGGUCGACUUCAAGUCAGGCAAAGUAAAACUUCUAAUUGCAACUUCGGUAGCUGCAAGAGGCCUAGACGUAAAACAAUUAAUCCUAGUUGUCAAUUACGAUUGCCCCAAUCACUACGAGGACUAUGUUCACAGAUGUGGCAGAACAGGUAGAGCAGGAAACAAAGGCUACGCCUACACUUUCAUAACCCCAGAACAAUCCAGAUAUUCUGGCGAUAUUGUAAGAGCCUUUGAAUUGGCCAACGUAGCAGUUCCUGAAGGCUUGCGCAAAUUAUGGGACGAAUACAAGGCGAAACAAGAAUCUGAAGGCAAAAAGGUUCAUUCUGGUGGCGGUUUUAGCGGAAAAGGUUUCAAGUUUGACGAAAACGAAGCCGCAGCUGUUACCGAACGCAAGAAAUUCCAAAAAGCUGCUCUGGGUCUUGCAGACAGCGAUGACGAAGACUUGGAACAGGAUAUUGAUCAGCAAAUUGAGAGCAUGUUUGCUACCAAGAGGAUUGUCAAGGAAAUUAAGGCACCAUUUGGAAUUAGUCCUGCAAUGGCUGCAGCUGCAGUUGCAGGUAGUACAGGUUCAGCCGUUGACAAGUUAGAGCUUGCCAAAAAACUGGCUUCCAAAAUUACGUUUACAAGACACAGCAACUUUGACACUAAAUUUGCCACUCAACAAGCGGCAGAAUCGAUUCUUAAAGGUAGUAGCUCUGCUCUUCCAAUAACCGCCAAAACAGUAGCGGAACAACUGGCGGCUAAAUUGAAUAACAAAUUGAAUUAUCAACCGAAAGAUGACGAUGAUAAAAUUGAUGACGAUAGUGAACAGACGUUUAGGAAAUACGAAGAAGAAUUGGAGAUUAAUGAUUUUCCUCAACAGGCUAGAUGGAGAGUUACGUCAAAGGAGGCUCUAGCACAAAUCUCCGAAUACUCCGAAGCAGGCAUCACUGUGCGAGGUACUUACGUACCGACAGGUAAACCGCCUCCUGAUGGUGAAAGGAAAUUGUACCUUGCUAUCGAAAGUACUUCCGAUAUGGCCGUGUCCAAAGCCAAAUCUGAAAUUACCAGGCUGAUAAAGGAGGAAUUGUUGAAGUUGCAAACGUCAGGGCAUCAUAUGAUAAAUAAGAAUAGAUAUAAAGUUAUUUGAGGGGGUUUGAGAGUGUUUAGUUGUGGGAAUUUAUUGAAUAUAACUUUUUACACAGAGUUGUGUUUUAUUUUAAUUAUAAUUAGUUUAUGCCGCCAUAUAAAAGCAGAAACUAAGUGGGUAAACUUUAUCUUGUAUGCCAAAAGAAUGUACCUAUGUAUACUUAUUUGAAUAAAUUUUUUUGUGUGAGGCUUCUGCAGUUUAUCAAUUUUAUUAUAAUCAGGCCUAUAAUGUAUCAUUUUCUAUUAUUUUAACAGCAGCAUUAAGUUAUCUGUCACUGUUUAUUCUAUAUGUCAAAAUAGAGAUGGAAAUAGAUGUUGAGCCUUAACAGAGCCGUUAAAAUAAUGGGACAGGAUAGAUCAUAGGCCCGAAUAUUAUCAAAAAUACUGAAAAGGCUAUAUACAAAUAUUAGGAACAAUUUGGUAUGGAUUGUUCAAAACCCAUUUAUCUGAAACGUUCUAUAAUAGUGGAAACUCCAC